AUGUAUCAUCAGAAGCUGACCAUCUCCUGGUUUGCCGUGGUUCUGCUGGCAUCUCCACUCAUGGCCAUAUGGGAGCUGGAGAAAGAUGUUUAUGUUGUAGAGGUGGACUGGUCCCCUGGUGCCCCUGGAGAAAGAGUGGUCCUCACCUGUGACACUCCUGAAGAAGAUGAUAUCACCUGGACCUCAGACCAGAGCAGUGAAGUUGUCGGCUCUGGAAAAACCCUGACCAUCCAAGUCAAAGAGUUUUCGGAUGCUGGCCAAUACACCUGCCACAAAGGAGGCGAGACCCUGAGCCACUCACUUCUGCUGCUUCACAAGAGGGAAGAUGGAAUUUGGUCCACUGAUAUCUUAAAGGACCAAAAAGAUCCCAAAAAUAAGACCUUCCUGAAAUGCGAGGCAGCAAAUUACUCCGGACGGUUCACCUGCUGGUGGCUGACAGCAGUCAGCACGGACUUGAAAUUCAACCUCAAGAGUAGCAGUAGUUCCUCUGAGUCCCGAGCAGUGACAUGUGGAGCAGCAUCUCUGUCUGCAGAGAAAGUCACAGUGGACCAAAGGGACUAUAAGAAGUACUCGGUGGCAUGCCAGGAGGACAUCACUUGCCCAACUGCCGAGGAGACCUUGCCCAUUGAACUGGUGAUGGAGGCCCAGCACAAGUAUAAAUAUGAGAACUACAGCACCGGCUUCUUCAUCAGGGACAUCAUCAAACCGGACCCGCCCAAGAACCUGCAGGUGAAGCCUUUGAAGAACUCUCAGGUGGAGGUAUCCUGGGAGUACCCUGACUCCUGGAGCACUCCUCAUUCCUACUUCUCCCUCAAGUUCUCUGUUGAGGUCCAUGGCAAGAAAGGAAAGAAAAAUGAGUCCCUCAUCGUAGACAAGCUCUCUGCCCAAGUCCGAUGCUCCAAAGGUGCAGAGGUCCGGGUGCGAGCUCAGGAUCACUACUACAAUUCAUCAUGGAGCAAAUGGACAUCUGUGCGCUGCAGUUAG